AUGGUUAGACAGAAGCGUCUGCUGUGCUUAAAGGCAGAUGUCGACGGUAAAUUAGGAGAUAAACUAUCUGUGGGCUAUAACUUCAGGACGAUGUUCAUCCAGGGUGUUCUUAACACGACAGAUGAGCAGGACCAUCGAGUGCAGCCACUCUUCGAUCAUGAGAAAGCUAUCAGGAUUGUCACUCAGGCUCGAGUCCUCAAAGUAGAUUCCAUCUCGGAAAAUGAUAUGGAAUACUCCAUGGACAUGGUGCUCACGAUGAAGUGGAAGGACAGGCGGCUGAAGUUCCACAAGCUCAUCAACCUCACUCGCAUCGAGCUACACGGGGAAAUGAUGAGUCGUAUCUGGACACCCGAUGUUUAUUUCGUCAACGCCAAAGUCGGCAACAAAGACAAAGAGACCAGCGAAAUUCGGCGGCUAUUUCUUAGAUACGAUGGCUGGGUUUUGUACUCCAAAAAAUCUUCCCUGAGACUCAGCUGUGAUAUGGACUUGUUAUGGUAUCCACACGACGCUCAGCUUUGCGAAGUAAGGAUUUCUAGCUUUACUCACACUACCUCCCAGUUACAGUUUGAAUGGAAGAAGGACAACCCAAUAGAGAUCAGCAAGGCCAUCAAACUGCCACAGUUCCGGAUCAACAGGACGUUUAUAAAGGAAUGUGUAGAAACAUCGAUAACAGGAGAGAAUUUCACCUGUCUACUUAUCUGUGUGGAGUUUGUUCGCUGGAGUGGUUACUACACUCUACAGAUUUACAUCCCGAGCAUCAUGAUCGUCACCGUCUCCUGGGUUUCCUUUUGGCUAAACGUGGAGGCCACGCCUGCUAGAGUCUCGUUGGGUGUUCUCACACUUCUCACCAUGACGACACAAACGUCGAAAGCACGCGACUCAUUACCACGGAUCUCCUACGUCACAGCGAUUGAUGUGUGGGUGAUAAACUGCUUGACCUUUACUUUCCUAGCCCUUGUGGAAUAUGCCCUGGUGAGCGUCUUAAUGAGAACUAAACUACCAAAAAGAGGCCGCAAACAUAAGAUUGCUAAGACAGUCGACGCCCUCGGAGAAAAGCAGCUGUUUGUAUAUGGGCUAAAGCCGCUGAUGGAAAAGGACAAGGACAAGUUAGUGAAGGAAGACGAGGAGGAGUUUGAGGACGGGCGGAAAAUCGCUGUGAAAGUGGACAGAACUGCUAGAGUUGUCUUCCCUAGCAUGUUCGUGGUGUUCACAGCGUUGUACUGGAUAACUACAGGUAGUAGUGACAUUGUGGAGAAGUGGGUAGCCUCACAGACAGGUUUUAGUGACAUUGUGGAGAAGUGGAUGGCCACACAGACAGAAAGUGGUGAUACUAUGGAGAAGUGGAUGGCCACACAGACAAGGAGUAGUGAUAUUCUGGAGAAGUGGAUGGCCACAUAA